UUGUUAUUGUCAAAAUAUGAUCUCAUGUCAUUCCUGUCAACAAUUCGAAUUUGAAACUUGUUGAUACAAGUUUGUGUUAUCUAUUUGAACUUCCCCGCCCGCAGAAGUUAUAAUAUUCUCUUUGCUUCCCUCAACUUGCUAAAACAGUAAGGAUAUAAAAAAGUAAAGCAUUUUGAUUAAAACAAAUUAUAAGUGUUACGUUAAUAAAAUAAUAAACCAGACCCUUGUGUGGAUAACUUCAAGAUGAGUUCGGACGACGAAGCUGAACAAUUUCAAUCAUGGAAAGGUAUUCCUGCCACUUUGAUAUGUAUCAAUAUCUACGGACCUUGUAAAGCGUAUUCAGCACAGUUGGCUCAUACAGCUACUUGCAGAAUGAUGCGUCAAUACUUGAGGAGAGCAAGUUCUCAACUUGUCGGCGUUUGCGUCUAUGGCACCGAAGGGUCCAACACUUCAGUUCUAGGCAUCCAAACCGUCGAAGAGAUAUUCCCACUAUCAUCACCAAGUGUUGAAGCUUAUAAGAAACUUAGAAAAGUUGAUAUUUCUUCAUUAAAAGAAGCCAAAGAAAUGAUACUCUCGGAUGUUCUAUGGUACUGUAACAAAGCAUUUGCAAGUUGUAAAAAACAACUAUCGACUCGCACUGUUAUAAUGCUGUCUCGGCUUGAUGUAUCUCCGGUACCAACUGAUGUUAAACCUUCACUUAAACGUGUUGGCGACUUGGCAGAUUCAAAUAUACAAAUCAAUCUUAUAAACAUUUCUGAAUCUGAUUAUGAGGUAGAUUCUUACUAUACAGACUUUUUAAUACAAGCAACUAAACAAGAUGAAGUGAUAUUACCGAAACCCAUUUCAAAUCACACAGAAGUAGAACAGUUGAUGUAUAUGGAGUCACAUCGCAAUUUAGCUGUUGCCCGAUUAGGUUUUGAAAUUGGAGAAGGUUUUGCAAUUGGAGUGGGAGUAUACAACCUGUUGAAGAGUUAUGGGGAUAUGCAAAUGAAAAGAUCAGAUUUAGACAGUGAUACCAGUGCUGUACUUACAAGUGUGAAUAAAACAUUGAAAACCAAAGUUGCAAAUGAGGAUGAAGAGAUGGACUGUGAUGAACAAGAUAGAACUGCAUCACGGCCAGUACCAGUACUUCCAACAGAAUUGCUUUACAGCCUUCAGUAUGGUGGUGAAAACAUAGAAUUUACUGCUGAAGAAAAAAAGAUGCUUGGAAAUCCUUUCGGGCCACCCACAUUGAAACUCCUAGGAUUCAAACCUGCCAGUGUAAUGCGCAAAGAAAAAUGGUACUUAAAAUCAAAUUACUUUCUGUUUCCCAGUGAAAGUAUAAUAGAAGGUUCUGUUGUUGCAUUUAAAGCCCUACACCAGGCGUGCACAGAAAUGAAUAAAGUAGCAAUAUGCGUGUUGUGCACCAGGGUCAAUGCCAGACCUAUUAUUGUGGCUUUGUCUCCCACCUCAAAACCUCUUGGCCUAGAUGUGGAUUUAGGAUUUGAUGUCAUUUGUAUACCCUUUAUUGAAAAUGUACGAAAUAUUCCAAUUAUUGAAGAUGAUGAUGAUGAUGAAAAAAUAACAAAAACUGAUAAAGGUAUCAUGACAGAUAUUAUGAACCAAUUACAGUUCGAUUAUAAACCGGAUAUGUUUCAAAAUCCUAAAACCCAAUCACUAUAUAAUGCUAUAGAAGCAAUUGCUUUGGAAGAUGCAGAUGUGGAGCCCUUUGUUGAUACAACAAAACCAAACGAAAAGAGGUUUGAAGGUAUCCAGGACGAUUUAUUUUAUGAAAUUUUUGGUCCUUUUACAAUCAGCUCAGCAACUCUGAAAAAACCUGCAUCAUCGAGUGGUGGGCCAGAAAGCAAAAGAGCAAAACUUUCCGCAGGUGUUGAUGAAAAUUUACUGAAGGAAAGACUUGAGAAUAACACAAUUGAAACUUAUACAGUUGCUCAAUUGAAAGAAAUUUUAAAAUACAAAGAAAUACCCCACUUACCUGCUUUGACAGGUUUACGAAAGGGGGAACUUGUUGAUUUAGUUUAUAAAUAUUGUUAAUUCAAAUAUAAAUAAGUGUUAUGUUCAAGUAUUAAUGUUUCUAUUUAUAUUUUUGAUAUAUUAUUCAAUUAAGAAGUACAAUGUUCAAUUACUGUGUGUGUGUAAUUUGCAUUAAAGAAAUGGUUGCAAUGUUUAAUAAUUUAAAUGAAAAAAAAAAACAAUAAACAAUAUUUUUUAAACAUGUAGUAAUUUCAUUUCAUACUAAUUCUGUUCACGACUGGCAUAUAGGAGGCUGAACUAACAUGUUACCUACAUAGGUAAUCUGGUCUGAUGCAUAGCAUAUCGCAUACGACAUCACCAGGGCUUUACUUUCUAUACAAAUAAAAUAAAAUUUUCGCUAGAUAUCAAUUAUGGUUUUUGACGAACACAAUUAUCUCCCUGCCCAAUACCCGAUUCAACUAAAUUUAAAAAAAAUUUUAAUUUCUAAACCCCCAAAAGACUGGCAACGUACUUGUAACGCCUCUGGUGUUUCAAGUGUCCAUGGGCGGCGGCAAUCGCUUACCAUCAGGUGAUCCGUCUGCUCGAUUACCGGCUUAUUCCAUAAAAAAAGAAAAAGUAAUGCCUAAUAACAUUUUCAGAAUGUUACUUGCCCUAGCUUUUGAAAUUGGUAAUAGAUGAUAGAUCACUGUAAUAUUGAACUGCAAAAUGUAGUUGUUGUCUAAGAAAAAAAAGGGUCUACCAACAGCUACGAUCUUACUUAUAAUGUAAAAAAAUACAACCACUAAGGAAGUAUUGGUAAAGGGGUUCUGAUAGAAAAUAAACAACACUUAGAUCUACAAACAAAUAUAAUUCAGUUUUCUAACAUUUUACGAUACAUAAUUUUUAUAAAUGUACAGGGUAAGCUCAUGACGUGGGAAAAGCGGUACUAGUUCUCAACUGGCUACCGGAUGUACACAUGUGGUGCAUAGAAUAGGACGCUGAUAUGCUUUCACUUUGUAUGGAACAGGUAUGACGACUUACACCUACAGUGAGUGAGACAUGGAGUAUGUUCCAUUUCAACGUGCUGUCAGGUUACAAAUCUACAUUAGACACCAAUGACUAGUAUAAUUUAUAAAAAAUUACGCUACGGUUAAGCGUAUUGAAUUUAAUUUUACAUCAGUAAUGGCAGAGAAUGCAUAUAAUAGCGCUCCAAAUGAUGCGUUGGGAUGUUCGAGUGACGGCUCUGUGCGUCCCAUGGAAGACAACAGAAUGAAAACCUCCCAUCGAAUCAUGCAUUCUACACAUUUGUGCUUCUAUGUAACGUUAAAGUUGCGUGUCGAUUAAUUUUUCAAUAAAAAACUGAAUAUACAAGUGUAAUUUGAUUAGCGUUUCCUACUGAAUCGAUGGUGAAUAUUCUUAAACAUCAGUAUUAAGAGCGAUACAUGUAUCUUAUUCUAUUUUAUUAAAUUCUAUAAAUAAAUUUCACACAGACAAAAUUUAACACAUGAUAUUGAUGUAAACGACAUAGAUAAAUGACAGUUAUUAGUUAUUAUUGCACGAUAAUAUAAACUACUGGGUUCAUUACACGGGGACACACAGACAUAUGUGGUGACGACACGAGACGCACCUCACCUGUACAAUGUAACAAACACAACGUUAUACACAGCAAUACCAAACCAUGUACACGAUAUCGAUAUAGGAAA